AUGCUGUGUCAUUGCUGGACUUCCAUGCCAAAAGCACAGAGUCUUUGGUCAAGCAAAGCUUUUGAGCAUCUCUCCCACCAAACUCUGCUGGAACCCCACUUUACUAAGCUUGCUUUCUCCUCUCAGCCCGAGCCUCUUUCGCAUGCCAGAGGUGGUGUCCGCCUCAGCCUGACCAUCAGCGCCGCCAGCACCCGAACUGCCACCCGUCCCAGUCCGCCUUUCAUGCGACAGCACCGAGCCCGUUCCGACCAACCAGGUUGGGCGCUGCGACCUCCUAAAAGCAGAGCGAUUGCACUGUCAGCCUUGGGCCUCCCGAUCUUGAACUUCUCCGCCGAAGGAAUCAUGUCAUUGAAGCUGGAGAGCCCCAAUUGA